GCUCCGUCCAACUCGUACCCUCAUCACACCUCGCCAGAGCCCCAACGACGGAUCGCGAAGUCGGCGCGGUGCGGGGCCGCUGCCCGCCCGCUGCCCUCUCGACCCCGCUAGCUCGGAUCUCGGAGUCAAAGGUCUAUCCUCAAACCCCAACAGCAGUCAUCACCCAGGGCCAGCAUAUGGGUGAGGGGGCACCCCCUGGGGCCUGAGCUGCCCCGCACAGGAUGCCCCGUGCCCCCUACUUCAUGCCCUUGCUGCUCCUGCUGCUGCUGCUCUCACUUCCCCACACCCAGGCCUCCUUUCCCCGAGAUCCCCUUCCUCUGCUGAUCUCUGACCUGCAAGGUACUUCCCCAUUAUCCUGGUUCCGGGGCCUGGAGGAUGAUGCUGUGGUUGCAGAACUUGGGCUGGACUUCCAGAAAUUUCUGACCUUGAACCGGACCUUACUAGUGGCUGCCCGGGAUCAUGUUUUCUCCUUCGAUCUACAAGCUCAAGAAGAAGGGGAGGGACUGGUGCCCAACAAGUACCUAACAUGGAGGAGCCAGGACAUGGAGAACUGCGCUGUGCGGGGGAAGCUGACGGACGAGUGCUACAACUACAUUCGAGUUCUCGUUCCCUCGGACUCACAGACACUCCUUGCUUGUGGAACGAACUCAUUCAGCCCCGUGUGCCGCAGUUAUGGGAUAGCUUCGCUGCAGCAGGAGGGUGAGGAGCUGAGUGGGCAGGCUCGAUGCCCCUUUGAUGCCACCCAGUCCAACGUAGCUGUCUUUGCAGAGGGCAGCCUGUAUUCAGCCACAGCUGCAGAUUUCCAGGCCAGUGACGCUGUAGUUUACAGAAGCCUUGGCCCUCAGCCCCCACUCCGCUCAGCCAAGUACGACUCCAAGUGGCUCCGAGAGCCACACUUUGUCCAUGCCUUGGAGCAUGGAGACCAUGUCUACUUCUUCUUCCGAGAGGUCUCCGUGGAGGACACCCGGCUGGGGAGGGUACAGUUCUCCCGUGUGGCCCGUGUGUGUAAGCGUGACAUGGGCGGCUCACCGCGGGCCUUGGACCGUCAUUGGACAUCCUUCCUGAAGCUUCGGCUUAACUGCUCUGUCCCUGGGGAUGCCGCCUUCUAUUUUGACGUCUUACAGGCCUUGACGGGGCCUGUGAACUUGUAUGGCCGCCCUGCUCUGUUUGGGGUCUUCAGCACCCAGACCAAUAGCAUCCCUGGCUCUGCAGUCUGUGCCUUCUACCUGGAUGAUAUUGAACGUGGGUUUGAGGGCAAGUUCAAGGAGCAGAGGAGUUCGGAUGGGGCCUGGACUCCUGUGUCUGAGGACAGGGUCCCCUCCCCCAGGCCAGGAUCCUGUGCAGGAGUGGGUGUAGCUGCCUUAUUCCCCUCUUCUCGAGAUCUCCCUGAUGAUGUCCUGACUUUCAUCAAGGCUCACCCACUGCUGGACCCCACUGUGCCACCUGCCACCCACCAGCCUCUCCUUACCCUCACCAGCAGGGCCCUACUGACCCAGGUAGCUGUGGAUGGCACGGCUGGUCCCUAUCGUAACACCACAGUCCUGUUCCUUGGCUCCAAUGAUGGAACAGUGCUGAAGGUGCUGCCCCCAGGGGGACAAUCUGGAGGACGGGAGCCCAUCCUGUUGGAAGAGAUCAAUGCCUACAGCCCCUCCCGGUGCAGUGGGAAGCGGGCGGCCCAAACAGCACGGCAGGUGAUAGGACUGGAGCUGGACACUGAAGGUCACAGGCUCUUUGUGGCUUUUUCUGGCUGCAUCAUCUACCUCCCUCUCAGCCGGUGUGCCCGGCAUGGAGCCUGUCGGAGGAGCUGCCUGGCUUCUCAGGACCCAUACUGUGGAUGGCAUAACUCCAGGGGCUGUGUGGAUAUCAGGGGACCUCGUGGGACUGAUGUGGAUCCCGCUGGGAACCAGGAAUCCAUGGAGCACAGUGACUGCCAAGACGGAGCUACCGGGAGUCAGUCUGGCACAGGGAACUCUGCUUAUGUGCUUCUGGGUCCUGGCCCUUCCCCCGAGACCCCCAGCCCCCCCAGUGAAGCCCACCCCCGGCCCCAGGCUUCCACCCUUGGAGCUCACACUCAGGGUAAGGGGGCCGGCUGGGAGGGACAGGAGUGCCGUGUGGGGCUGCCGGUUCUGGAAGAAUCCUAAGCCCUUUAGCGCCCCGUGUCUGGUGCUCACUAAUGCCUGUUCGGAGCCUCCCCGCCCCACAGGUGGGCAUCGGCCCCGCCUCCUCCCGCUGGGGCAGCUUGGCAGUUGCUUGUGUCUUGGCUGCAGGGGCCGGAGCUGGGAUGGGGACUCCCCAGGCCCGGCUC